GCGGUGUUCAUGCAGAGAGCGCAGGCAAACUCAUUGGCUUCUCUUGGGAAAUAUACUGGCGAUGCAAACGCUGACAAAGCUGCUUCACAGUCUCUGUUUGUGGCAAAUCACGCCUACUGA